AUGUUGUUCAAAACUUACAUUUAUUCUUGCUUAGUGGCAUUGGCCUCUGCAACUACUGUUAUUGAUGCUUGCCCUGACCAAAAGUUCUCCUUUCAUGCUCAGGUUGUGAAUUUCCCUCCAGCAAGCAUCACGGUAGCAAAUCCAACGUCCAAUGGUGACGGAACUUGGGAUGUGACAAUUAAUUUUAUUGCAGAAGAUUCAAUGCCCUUGGACUCUUUGUCGGAAUUGAAGAUUUUGAGUUUGUCUAAGACUUAUAUGUUAUACUCUAACAAUCUCGAAGUUUCUGUGAUAAACAAUGCUGGUUCGUGGUCUCAAAGAGUUACUGUUACCCCUAGAGCAGUUGGACAAUACAGUACUUGUAUGCCGCAAUUUACCAUUCAGUACGACUGGUGUAGUGCUGGAGUUACUGAUAUGUCUUAUUGCAAUACUUGGAAGUAUCAAAAGUCCUACGAUUAUAUCACUGGAUGUGACAACUACGAUCCAAGCACUGGUUUCUCUCAGAAAGAUGCACCUGACUACUGUUGGAAUAUUCCUGGAAAGUCUCUGGCCACUGUCAGCUCUUCUUCGAGCUCUAGUGUCGAGACUUCAUCUGCUAUCACUACACAAAGUUCAUCUGUGGAGAGCUCAUCUACUCAAAGCUCCUCUAUUGAGACGUCCAAAACUUCUUCUGCUGUUGAAUCCACGAGUGUCCCACCAAGCUCAGUGUCUCCCAGCUCUUCAACUGUCAGCUCUUCAGUUAUAAGCUCUUCUACCCACAUCUCUCAUAUCAGAAGCUCCUCUGUUCAAAGCUCUUCGGGCUCUUCUUCAAUUGAAAGCACAUCUAAAGUCAGUUCCGUCACCUCAUCGACACUCACUUCGACUGUUCUGAGUAGCUUGAAGAGUUCUUCUACUGAAAGCACUUUGAGUGAAAGAACUUCCAUCAGAAGCUCCUCAACCAAAGAGUCUUCUCUCACUAGUUCUUCUACUGAAAUUUCGUCAGCAGAGAGUUCUGGUACAGUUUCAACGACUGAAACUUCUUCCAAGGUGAGCUCGACGAGCAUUCCUCUGGUGAGCUCUUCCACAAGAAGUGAAUCAACAGAAAGCUCAGUUUUGAGUUCUUCAACUGUUCCUAGUCUUUCUUCAAGUGAGUCUCUUUCAUCUUCCUCUCUGGUUAGCUCUUCUGUUGAAACCUCUACCAGUCUGACUUUCGCUACCAACUCAACCAGCUCAUACUAUGUGCCUUCUACAAGUAUUCCUGUCUCUCCAACUAAGGAAGUGCCAUCUAGUACUAGCUCUUCUGCUUUGAGCACCUCUGUGAGAAGUUCUUCGGCAUGGUACUCUUUGACUACAUCCGUCUCUUUGACUACUUCUCCUGCUGUCCCCGCUAACACUUCUUCGAUUAGCACAUUUUCCAGCCCUGAAGAAGGUGUAUCUACCACAACCGAGGUUUUGACAACCGUGGUGACUGUCACAUCUUGCCAUGACAACGCAUGCACAUUUAUCAAGUCAACCGUAACCAAACCACAAGCCAAGACCGUCACUUCUUGCGAUGAAUCGUCUUUAUCGACUACGGAAUCAACAUCGACUACUGAAGCAACAUCUACCAAGAAGGCUUCGACUCCUGUACUUCAAUCCACCACUCUUUGCAAUGGUGAUUGUGAAGUCUCUUCAGGCACCUUAGCAACCACCAGUACAGGAGUGGUAUCUUCCUCACUGGGUGUCAGCACUACUUUCGGUACAAUUAACUCUUCUAUUGAGACCACCAUUACCACUGUUCAUGUCUCAGGUUCUGAAUCCUCUUCAGUACCUCUGUCGAUCACCCCUGUUCCACUCAAUGGCGGAGUUCAAAAUCUCCGUCUUUCUCCUUUCGGAGUACUUGCCGUUUUGCCGCUCCUUUUCUGA